AUGGCUCUCCACAACCAAAUCUUGCUCUUCAUUUCCCUUUCAUUUCUUGUUUUUCAAUUCAACAUUGCUACCUCCACCCCUAUUUCCUACAUAUCUUCAUCACCAAAUGGCUCACCAUCAUCAUCACCAUCACCUUCACCAUCAUCCUCACAAAAUCUUGAAAUUCCAAAUGGUGAAAAAGUUUCAUUAGGAAACAAAGAUUCUGUCAACCAUUAUGUUGACAAACUUAUGGAAAACACUGUUUCUAAAACUGAACAAUUUAUCGACAACGUUGUUGAGAAGCGCUUGUCUGAUCCAGCAGCUGAUGCAUUCGGUAAAGAUUGUCUUUUGGUGUGCAAAGAGGUGUAUGAAAAUGCUGUCUAUGCAAUGAAAAAGACAAUUGACGAUGUUGACAGAGGAUUCUAUUACAGUGCCAAUGUGGACCUUAGUGCCUUGUCUACUGACCUAGAUACUUGCAUGGAUUGUGUUAAGGAAAUUUAUGGUGAAGAUCAAGAGUUCAUCAAGUUUGAUAAGUGGGCUGAACAAGUUACUAAUGAUGCCAUGGAAAAGAUUGUGGGCUUCAGCAGUUAA